AUGGAUCCCUCGUUGGCAUUGGCAAAGCGGCUUUGGCGCAUGAUACGAGCCGCCCACUGCGUCCUCCGCAAGGGCUUCGCCAAGCGCAACAAACUGAUGAUCAUGAACCUCCACCUCCUCCUCAAGCGCGGCAAGCUGGCCGGAAAAGCUCUCACCAACUUACUCCUCCACCACGGCCACCAUCCCAGCGCCGACAUCACCGGCAUGUCGCCGGAGGAACUAAACUUCUUCUUCUACGCUCCCGGCGACGUGGAGUUCAGCUGCAGCAACACGCCCUCCCCUGCUUUCUUCCUCUCCGCCGCCAAGCGCCUCACGAGCGGUCGCCGACGCAGACAAGAAGAAUCGCCCCUGGACGUCCACGUGGCGGCGGCCGCGCUGGCGAAGGAGUUCGAGAUUGUGACCCUGGCGUCGCCGGUGCCGGCAGGGCGGCUCGGGAAGAGCCUGGCAGCGCCGCGGCAGCUGAGGAUAACGGACUCGCCGUUUCCGGCUAGGGAGGAGGAAGAGAACGACGGCGGCCGUGUGGAUCGGGAGGCGGAGGCUUUCAUCAGGCGGUUCUACGACCAGCUGCGCCUGCAGCAGAGCGUCCCGGCGACGCCGGAGUUCGACGGCCGCCGCUCUUGA